UUCUCAAAAAGUUAUCAUUUUUGUAAUUAAAAAAAGUUAUCGAUUUGAGUAAGCUCCCUACAGAGAGAGAGAGACGACGUAACCUUCGCCGGAGCCCGGAACCACAAUUCUCUCCGACGUCGGCCUCUUUCGACAGAAAAAAGGGCUGACCCUGAUCGAGUUGAGAUCAUAUUAGAGGAGCCACUGAAGGGUAAAGCUGUAAUGGAAAAGACUAACCUUGAUGGUGCCCGAGAGCUACUUCAUCACGAUCAGAAGUCUGUUCCUCAGACAUUCUCUUCUGCGGCAAACACUGGUGAGAAGAGAAAGAGGGAAGGAUUGGUGAGAAGAGAAGGAGAAAGUUGUAACAUCAGCGAUAAUGAAGAAGUUAUUAUAGUUGGUGAUGCUAAAGCUAUUAAAGAUUUUUAUUUGGAUGGAGGAGAGCAGUCUCAGAGGUAUGUGUUUAGCAAGCGAAAUGCUUUCGAUGUACAAAACGGUUCUUUGGAAAAGGAAGAAGCAGGAGAAGAACCAGACAGAGCAAAGCAGGUUUCAAAUUUUAAUGAUUUUAAUAAGCUGAGGGAAGAAGGCAAAGUUUCAGUUGGCCAGAUCUGGGCUCUUUAUGAUGAUACAGUGGAUGGCAUGCCUAGAUUGUAUGCUCAGAUCAGAAAAAUUUCAGUUCCUGGUUUUGAUGUUAGUGUCACAUGGCUUGAGCCUGAUCCAUAUGAGGAGGAACUAAUACAGAAGUAUGAAAAAGACUUGCCUGUUUCUGUUGGUAGGUUUAAACUUGGGAAAGAUGAGACUAUUAAAGAUCACACAAGGUUCUCUCACGUGGUUCAUUGCAAUGAAGGAACUGGCGCAGGUAAAUUCAGUGUAUACCCAAGAAAAGGAGAGACAUGGGCUUUGUUUAAGGGUCGUCACAAGACUAGCUACAGUUACCGGGACAUAAACUGGUUAGCUGAUCCCAGUUCUCCCAAUAAAUAUCAGUAUGCAUUUGUGGAAAUCGUGUCAGAGGCUACUGUACCAAAUGAACCAGAACCAUCUACUGGAUUCUUGCAUAAAGCAAAAGGCUUUUCAAGUUUGUUCUGUCUCUUUACUGAGGAAAUUGUUACAUCUUACAUUUCUCGUCACUAUGAUUAUCAGUUCUCUCACCAAGUUCCAUCGUUUAAGACGACUGGAGAAGAAGCAGAAGGUGUGCCUCGAGGUGCUUAUGAGCUGGAUCCCGCUGCGUUACCUGCAAAUCUCAAAGAGAUAGACGUCCCUUUGCAUCUACUAGCAGAGCCUACAGAGCCAAAGUCCGAGAAUAAUACACUUUCGCAAUGCGUGCACUUUGCUAGCAAGGGUAGGACUUUUGAAACUGGCCAAAUCUGGGCGUUUUGCGGUGGCGAGGAUUACUUGCCCCGGUACUAUGGCAAGAUUCAGAAAAUCACCUUUAUUCAGGCAUUUGAGCAGGAUCCGGUAGUUAAACUGCAUGUUGGUCGGCUGAAGUCUACAUCAAAUAAAGGCAUCCUCCAAUGGAAUGACAAGAGCAUGCCCAUCGGCUGUGGGAACUUCCGAGCAACAAAAUCUCUCGAAAUAUUCACCGAUCUUGAUGUAUUCUUACGUCAGCUAAGCCUAGACUCAUCCGGAGAUGGAAAUAAUUACAGUAUCAUGCCAAGGACUGGUGAUAUCUGGGUUAUCUACAGAAACUGGAGUAGUGACAUUGAGGUCUCUCAUCUUAAAUCCCAGACUUAUGAUCUUAUAGAAGUUCUUGAUGACAAAGCGGCGGAUUACAAGGUUUUGCUGUUGGCACCUGAUGGUGGCUUUAAGCUAGCUGGCCAUGGAGGUUAUGAUUCAGUAUAUUUGGCUGCUAAAGAACACUGGAUUGAUGGCGCUGAUGUUAGAUUCACAAUCCCGAAAUCCGAACUGCUCAGAUUCUCGCAUCAAGUUCCUACUUUGAAAGUAACAAGAGAGAUACAUGGAGCUUUGCAAGAGGUCUAUGAACCUAAUACUGAUGCACUGCCUGCUAAUUUGAUUGUAUAAUCUCUGGGAGCUGAAACAACAGUGGAUCAAAAGAUUACUCUUUUGCUUACUUUUUGCUUUUUUUUGGGUCCAAAAUCCACUAAGAGUUCUUCAUGGUUUACUAAUCCCUUGAUCUAUUGUAAGUUCUCCAUCUAUGAAAUAGCAGUAUUUGCAGUUUGGUCUGAA